AUGGAUGAUAGUGGGCAUCGUGAAAAUGGAAGAAUCAAAGCAGAGCAGUAUAAAGCAGCUCAGGGUCAGUGGUUGAUGCAACAUCAGCCAUCAAUGAAGCAGAUAAUGGCCAUAAUGGCCGAAAGAGAUGCAGCUCUUCAAGAAAGAAAUUUGGCAUUUUCUGAGAAAAAAGCUGCCCUUCAAGAGCGAGACAUGGCAUUCCUGCAGCGAGAUGCCGCAAUUGCAGAACGGAAUAGUGCCAUUAUGGAACGAGACAAUGCCAUUGCAACUCUUCAGUACCGGGAAAACUCCUUGAAUAAUGGUAAUGUAUCUUCGUGUCCACCAGGAUGCCAAAUUUCACGUGGGGUCAAACAUAUGCACCACCCACAGCAGCAUGUACAUCAUCCUCCUCACAUGAAUGAAGCUUCUUAUGGUACAAGGGAUAUGCACACAAGCGAUUCCGUCCCAAUGCCACCUGAUUCUUCUUUGCCUACAAAGUCACGACAGCCCAAACGACCUAGGGAACCCAAGACAACGGCACCAAAUAAGAAAACCUCAAAAUCUCCCAGGAAGGUGAAGAGGGAGAGUGAGGAUUUAAAUAAGAUGACAUUUGAUAAAUUACAUGAGUGGAAGGGCAGUCAGGAUAUGGGUGGCGGAGGUGAUGAUGUUAACAAACACUUGGUUGUGUCAAAGUCUGAUUGGAAAUGUCAGGACCUGGGAUUGAAUCAGGUUGCGUAUGAUGAGUCAACCAUGCCAGCACCGGUGUGCUCAUGCACUGGUAUCCUGAGGCAGUGCUACAAGUGGGGGAAUGGGGGUUGGCAAUCCUCAUGUUGCACUACUACAAUGUCAAUGUACCCAUUGCCGGCAGUGCCCAAUAAGCGACAUGCCCGAGUAGGUGGCCGAAAGAUGAGCGGCAGUGCCUUCAACAAGCUACUUAGCCGGCUUGCAGCUGAAGGCCAUGAUCUGUCAAACCCAGUUGAUCUAAAGGAUAACUGGGCCAAGCAUGGAACAAAUCGCUACAUCACAAUCAAGUAG